AUGCCUGCAUUUCUGAUAUGCCGCCUCAUUAUGGUAGCGGAAUACCUCGCCGGGGACGUGCACACGCUGUCCACGAUCCCGCCGGCAUCUCGCCAAUAUCCAAUACCCAAGCAGCGAAGUUUAACAAACACUGGAAAGUUGCUGGGCGACUCGCGCCAAGAAAAUGCGUUGACUGUGGGUAGUCACGAACUCUCGCUCAACGGCUAUUCAACC